AUGACGGUUCAAGGAAGUCGUGCAGACUGUGCUUACAGUACGAAGAUGGUUACCAACGUCCUACCUACUGCCCUGGACUCAUUAUCCAGAUUGAAGAAAAAGGGUAUGAGUAACGUCAACAGGGUUCGCAAGUCAGGCAGAGAUUUGGCCUCCAGGUAUGGUUACUCUCGCUUCAUGGCUAACCCAUUUGCAGCCACAGAACAUGAUAAGGAAAUAGUAUAUGAUCCAACCAUUCCAGAAAAUGAAAAUCUUAAACUAUUAUCCAAGAUGGAAUCUAGCAAUGAUUUCAUCCCCAAUAUGGAACAUCAUAAAUUGAUUAGUCGUUCCAAUUCCGCGAAUGAUUUAGGGUCUCAAGUGUCCCUCAAUUCUGAAGCUCAGACUUUAGUAAACGCAUUCUCGUCUACUAAUAGUUCACUAUUCAAGACUUCAAGACAGGGAAGUUCUCCCUAUUCGAAUCCUAUUGCUGCAUCUUCCACAUCCUUAUUUUCCGCUCCAACAAGAGUUUCAUCCACUGUCUUUAAUGAGGAAUUUAAAUUAGAUGUGGUUACUGAAUAUCAACCAUUGACUAAACCAUCAGAAGAAGUGAAAAACUUGAUUUGCUCUUACAAUCAUGAAGUCGCUUAUGAAAUAGGUAAGACUGAACAUCUUAACUAUUAUCAAUUACCCUUCCCCUGGAGAGAAAAUAGAUACAUUAUUUACAAUUAUAGAUUUUAUGACUCUCACAAGAAAUCCCUAUUAUCCAUUUUCAAUUGGUACGGUUGGCAUAACGAAACGUCCAAUAUUUGGACUCAUCUCAUUGGUGGGUUGUAUUUGAUAUACAUGGCCGUGUAUGAUUUCCCUCGCUCUGAAAUUUUCCUUUCAGAUAAGAUUCCAACCACGGCUAAACUCAUUGUUUAUUUAUUUUUAUUUGCUGCCAUUAAAUGUCUAUUUGCAUCCGUCUUUUGGCAUUCAUUUAAUGGUACAUGUACUUUAAAAUUACGUUCCAAAUUUGCAUGUGUGGAUUAUAGCGGGAUUUCCAUCUUAAUUACAGCAUCCAUAUUAACCACAGAAUUCGUCACUUUAUAUUCAUCAUAUCGUGCCAUGUGUGUUUAUAUGGCCAUUUCAUUAUCAUUAGGCAUUUUCGGUGUCUUUAUGAAUUGGUCCCCAAAAUUCGAUAGACCUGAGGCAAGACCAUUGAGAAUUAAAUUCUUCGUUCUCCUAGCCAGUAUGGGUGUCUUAUCCUUUUUACAUUUGACAUUCUUAACUGACUGGAAAUACGCCACUUGGUUAUUAGCCCCCGUGACCAACAAAUCCAUCGUUUGGUAUUGUAUUGGUGUAGUAUUUUAUGGGUCUUUCAUUCCGGAAAGAUUUAGAUCGGAUGUGCAAGUGGACCCCACGAUCCCCACCACGUUCCAACUAUCCACAGAUUUGAAUAUUAUCACCAAGGAUAAGAACAUUCAUUUCAGAAGUGAACCCGUGGUCAAUGAAGAAGUGCAUAAUUGUAAAGAACAUUGGAAAUCCUUCAAAUCACUGUGGUGGGUGGAUUAUGUCGGUUGUUCGCAUACUUUCUGGCACUUUUUCGUGGUGCUGGGUAUAAUCGGUCAUUAUAGAGCCAUCAUUGAUAUGUUUACCAAGAGAUGGUUACUCGCCUGA